GUGGAGGAUAACACGCGGCUGCGGGAGCUGGGAAACAUGAGCUUCCAGGGUAGCACCUCGGACAUCGUCAAGAGCGCCAUGGUGCGAACCGUGGGUCAGCUGGCGACCCAUGGGUCGGCCGCUCGGCUGCUGCUGAUGGUGCACGACGAGUUGGUGUUUGAGGUUCCGGAGCGGGAGGUGGAGAUGGUGGCGAAGAUUGUACGGGAUACGAUGGAGAGUACGGCGAAGUUGCGGGUGCCUCUAGAGGUGGAGGUGGAGGUGGGGCCCAACCUGCUGGACAUGCAGGAGCUCAAGGUGGACCGAUGAUGGGGGAGGAGUGUGGGGUGCAGCAGCAGGUCUAGGGAGUGAGGAUUAUACAAAUUAAACCAACCCACACAUUGGGGCAAGAAAAGAUAGGGAGGGAGGCGGCAGGAUGCCACAAAACAAGGGUGUGAGUGCCGGGGCUGUGCAUUCAGCGGGUGCAGCAGACCUAGCUACCUUGCGAAUGGAGGUUUGGAGCUCUGGUGUGAUGCGUUGUGGUGCAAGCAGGACAUGCAUGCCCAGAGAGAAAGAGGAGAGUAUGUUAUGACAGCUGGCCCUGAGUAGGAACGUACUGGUGUGUGCUUGGUUCAGGCAGCAGGAGAGAUUUGGUAAAGAGUUGUACUCCAUCUAGUGUUGUAGAGGGCCGUUGUAUACUAGUGAUGCUAAGUGGGCGCAACAUCAUGCAUCUGUCCCAUGCAUGGAGAGGUAAAGAGAGAGAAGUGCGGUUCUAGCAGCUUGGAGUGGGUUAGCAGGAGAGACUUGCUUGGCGAUGACUGGUAGUUAAACUAGCAAUGCAACUCGCCGUAAGGGGAGAGAGUGUGCGAGAUAGAAGGGUUUGACUUUGUGCUCGAUCGGCUCAGCAGGUGGCAGGCAAGGGACUUCUCUACAACUCCGUAAACACAAACCACGGAUGCGAUGCCAACAGCAGCUAGCACCAGCCAGGGAUGAUGAUGAGAAGGAGGUUUGCGUUAGUGCGGUUUGCGCGCACUUGUGUAAGUAUCGGUAUGGGUGUGUGCGCUGAGAUGAUGUACGGCCAUUGUAAAGGGAGGUGUCCGGAGGAUUUCGUGGUAGUGGGG